UUGUUUGUGUGUUUGUUUUGAAAUCGUUUCGGAAGCGCGCAGAAGACGGCAGAAUCCGCAUCCGAUUAAAAUACCAGUUCCCUCGCGGGAAAGCGAAAGCAGCGCCAUGUCCGACGAGUACGAGCACGUAAGCCGCGGGAAGUUGAAGCUCAAGUCCGAUUCGGAGAUCAAAAAGAAGAAGAAGAAAAAGAGCAAGGACAAGGAAAAGUUGCGCGAGAAGGUCGAGAAAGCUCUGGUGGAGGAAAGUCACGGCAGUGGUAGCAGCGGUGGUGAACAGGGCCGCAGCCAGGGGGCUCCGCCGGGAAGGGUGCUAACCAAGGCGGAGGAAUCGUUCAAGAAGAUGCAGGAGAAGAUGCAAAAGAAACGGAUUAUGGACAAGGCGUCGAUGACGCACAAACAACGGGUAGAGCAGUUCAAUCAGCACCUGGACAGUCUGACGGAACAUUUCGACAUACCGAAAGUUUCCUGGACAAAAUAGACUCAUAAUUAUUCUUCAGAAGUAUGUUUUUACUUUUAUUACUUUUAUUUAUCAUUUAUUAGCAUAAACUACUAUAAAUCUA